AUGGGGAAACACAACAGUAAGCUUGCUCCGGAGGUCUUGGACGACUUGACCAAGAAUACAGAAUUUAACGAGGCUGAGCUCAAACAGUGGUACAAAGGCUUCCUCAAGGACUGCCCCUCAGGCAUCCUUAACCUGGAGGAGUUUCAGCAGCUCUAUGUCAAGUUUUUUCCGUACGGUGACGCUUCAAAGUUUGCCCAACACGCUUUCCGGACAUUCGACAAGAAUGGCGACGGGACCAUCGACUUUAGGGAGUUCAUUUGCGCCUUAUCCAUCACCUCCAGGGGGAGCUUUGAGCAGAAGCUCAACUGGGCAUUCAACAUGUAUGACCUGGAUGGUGAUGGCAAGAUCACACGCGUGGAAAUGCUGGAGAUCAUUGAGGCUAUUUACAAGAUGGUAGGCACAGUGAUAAUGAUGCGCAUGAACGAGGAUGGUCUGACCCCGCAGCAGCGCGUCGACAAGAUCUUCUCCAAGAUGGACAAGGACCACAAUGACGAAAUCUCCCUGGAGGAGUUCAAGGAGGCGGCUAAGUCAGACCCCUCCAUCGUCUUACUUCUGCAGUGUGACAUGCAGAAAUAG